UACAUGCCAAGCCAAGCCUCACAAUGCUGCGACUACUAAACCAAGGGGCUUAGAAAUUUGCAGCCGAUGUCGUUGUUCCCAGACCUCCCUCUCUGUGGUGGACUCGCUCAGUGAGGCAGUGCAGCACUCAGACAGCUCUGAUGGCAGAUCAGGGCAGGUGCACUGUGGAAAAGGAGAAAUCACCUGUUUGGGAAAUCUAGAACAACAGCGGACAAAAAAAGGAGGAGGAACAGAGUCUAUUCAGAGCGUAGGGUUCGCUGUGUCCACCCACCCCCACCCCUCUACUCUCUCACAUGCACACACACAUGCACACACACAUGCACACACACCCCUCGCCUCUCCCCUCUUUCCUCCCUAUUUGUCUCCUCCACUCUCCGAUGCUGGUGUGGUGAACAGCAGGACACUCGGCUGAGCUGCAUGGAGGCACAGGGAGGGGCAGGGAGCCCAGAGCCCAAUAAAGACAUCCAGAAGCUGCUGAAGCCCUCCAGCUCAGGUGACCUAUCCAAGGAGCUGUUACAGCACCAAUCAGGCGACGAGGAGGGCGGCCUAUCAGGGCACACCGCUAGCCUGCUGCACAUCACCGAGAAGAGACAACCACUGAGUAGUGUGUCUUCUUUAGAGGUGCACUUUGACCUCCUGGAUCUGACUGAGCUGACCGACAUGUCUGACCAGGAACUGGCUGAAGUCUUUGCCGACUCUGAUGAGGAGAACCACAAUGAGUCCCCAGCAGGUUCCCACCAGCCUGUGCUGCCCAGAGGUGGGUACAUGCGGUCCCCUUCAUGGACGCGCUGCAGCAAAGCUGAACCUCUGCGAGAGAGAAAGCACCACAGUGACUCAGACACCGCAGAGCCCUUAAUGAAGCUUGAAAGGCCAAAACAGCCAUGAUAUCUGAUGCGAACCAGCCGGACCGCGGAGAGGGGAAAACCAGGGGCGGACACACAGCCAGAGCGGUAACACAAAGCGGACCAAGAGGCCUCCAUCUGCCACCAUGCACACGCAUAAGAUUUCAUGGUGCUGACGACUUCAAGCUGAACUCUGGACACUGUGCUCUGUUCUCUAACUAAAGAUGUUGAGAUGUGCAAUAUACACACUCUCCUCCUCUAUCCCUGCCCUCUCUCUCUCACACACACAGACACACACACAAACAAAUUCAAUCAUUGUGUUUUUCAUGCAAAGGGUUCUUAAGGGUUCUUUGUUGUUUUUUUUGGGUUGACAGAGAGGAUAUGAGGUCAACGGAAUAACGGCACUUUCAUCCUUACAGCCUCUCAGGGUGGGCCUGUGGUGAGGAUAGUCCACAGAGUAUCACUAUUACCAGAACAUGAGGUGAAAGAUUAAUCGACAGAGUUGUUCAGAACAAAAUAUCACGCUGAUGUUCACCAAUACUCAUUCUGUUGCUUGUAAAUGUGACAGGCCUUUCUGUUGCCUCUAAGGUAACCUGAGCCAUGGAUUUGGGUUUCAGUGAGUCUCAGCAGUUUCCAUCACACCUUCUCCAUCUCAGUGAAGAACGUGUGCUCUUAUUUUAAAUGCCGCAACAUAAAUAUUGCACUUCUUUCACUGAAUUGUAUUUGCCAUGCCCCCCAGAAUUAUUGGCAUUUGGUAAAGAUGACUCAGAAGAUAAACAGACCAAGUAGCAGCUACAUGCAAUGCACAUUUCCAUGCUCUAAUACUUUAUUUGAAUUUGUUUAGGCUAACUUCUUUCUAUUUUUCUUGUCAUUAUGAAAGUGUUGGCUGCCACAAGUGGUGCUGCUAAGAUUUUUCAAGUGAUCUACAAAGUUUAGGGGUCAAAUUCCACCGAGACAUGCAUUAACUACAUGAGGAAUACUUGAAGCUGUUAGAAAUGACGGUGAAAUCACACCGCAGUCAGGUGGAUUUGUGUGGAUGCCAAAAACACAACAAAGUGCCAACAAUUUUGUAAUCAUCACGUAAGGAUGAAUUCAACUUUUAAUGCAAAAUUUCCUAUCUCUGUCAGUACAGGAAAUAGCUGAUUACUUGAUUUAUUUGUCGUGCAUUAAGCUUGUCUAUACCACGAGUGCCAAUAAUUCUGAAUGCUGUGACACGAUGGAUUAGAAGUGACACUGGGAUGAUUGAAAAAAUAAAUGAAAAGAAACAGUA